AUGGCAAUUGGCCACCUUAGAUCUCCGAUCUCGCCUCCGCCGUCAACGGUGGAACUCCACUCAAAGUUCACAAAGCUAGUCUAUCGCCACGAGCAAUUGAAGAUCUCAUAUCAGCAGCUGAACUCUCAAGUCAACUCCGAUUUGCUUCAAGCAGCAGAACUGUUUGCCCCUUUGGCGAUUCCGUUGACGAAACUUGUUGGUUUAAAAACUGUGGAAAUGGUUAAUGACGGACAGUUCAGUACAAUUAUAAUCGAUGAUGAUAUUAAUCACAUGUGUAAUCAUAUGGUGGAAUAUGUUAAGGGCCUCAAGGAUGAUAUGAAGAAUGGAACGUGCAUGCGCUUAUUGGCCAUGGUGGAUGAGAUGGAAAAAAAGAUGAAAGAUGUCAGGGUUGAGUUGGAGGAUGCAAGGAAGAAAGUGAGACUGGCUGAAGAGGGGAAGAUUGAAGCUGUAUGCAAGCUGAAUGAAACCAUAGAAAGAGUGAGGAAAAUGAAGGAACAACUGAGCUCCCUUCCUGAAGCCAAAAGAGGGCUUAUAAAAUCUUCAUUUUCCCAAAAGGUACAUUCGCUUGACUCAUCCAUCCUUUAUUCUCGAGCAUUUGAUUUGAAUUGA